UCAUUGUGAAAAUGGUGCAUAACUAAACUGUAGAAAUUCAAGAAUGCUGCAUCGACACAUGUCGUUAAAGGAAAAAAUAAUCUAGGUGUUGUUGGUAAUGAUUCUAGUGUAUUAUCUGCGUCCAUAUAGGCCAUCAAGGCAUUGCUUGUUGUCGUGACUGGAAGAGAAGCGGUGAGUUGAGAUCUGAGCGGUCGACCACACAGCCAGUCAUCCAGUAAGUCAUCCAGCCAGUCAUCCAGUCACUGACCAUGGGGAACAUCUUUGGGAACCUGCUGAAGAGCCUGUUAGGGAAGAAGGAGAUGCGGAUCCUGAUGGUUGGGCUGGACGCUGCCGGGAAAACCACCAUCCUGUACAAACUGAAGCUGGGCGAGAUUGUCACCACCAUCCCCACUAUCGGGUUUAACGUGGAGACGGUGGAGUAUAAGAACAUCAGCUUCACAGUGUGGGACGUGGGCGGUCAGGACAAGAUCAGGCCUCUUUGGAGGCACUACUUCCAGAACACACAGGGACUGAUCUUCGUGGUGGACAGUAACGACCGCGAGCGGGUGAACGAGGCCCGGGAAGAGCUGAUGAGGAUGCUGGCUGAGGACGAGCUACGAGACGCUGUGCUCCUCAUCUUCGCCAACAAACAGGACCUGCCCAACGCCAUGAACGCAGCAGAGAUCACCGACAAGCUGGGGCUCCACUCCCUCCGCCACCGCAAUUGGUACAUCCAGGCCACCUGCGCCACCAGUGGAGACGGCCUGUACGAGGGCCUGGACUGGCUGGCCAAUCAGCUGAAGAACAAGAAGUGAGUGGACCAAUCAGAGGUGAAAGAGGCGAAAUCUCAGUCCUUGGCUCUUGAAUCCAGAAUUGGUAGCGGUUGUAGUUGAUCCAUUAAGCGCAAGAUCCUGAUAUGGUGGGAGUGAAAUGUGAUUGGUUUGUAGGAAGGGGACUUAGAAAGAAAAUCCCUAUUCCUUGAGGAUUCCUAUUCCCAGUCCUUGAGGAUGUUUUCAACCUGAUGUCAAUUAUUUAAAAAUACAAGUAUCACCUUGCAGAUUUGUGUCAUCCAUGUCGAUUAAUGACAUUCAAUAAAUAAUAAUUAAACACAUUAAUAAGCAUCAAGACUUUAGGACCCCUAUUUAUUUAUUUAUUUAUUUAUUAAUUUGAGAUCGGGCAAUGUUAGUUUGGUUCGGAACACAGUAUUAUGCAUGGUCAUGAAGUUAAAACAUCUAUUGGAAAUGAAGUAUGGAAUUGUAUCUGUCGAAUGUUAUCUAUUUAGCCAGUGUCUUCUGACAGUAUUCUUCUUUUACAUUCAAAUUGCUACUGCUGGUUGGAGCAAUCCAGUACUGGUAAAUAUUAAUGGACAGUGACAUAGAUUUGUGUAAAACACGUCCAAUAUGCAAAAGCAUGCUUUUUUCUAUGUCAACUGUACAUUUUCACGUUUUGCUUAACAAGUACAAAUAUAUACUUGUAAGAAUAUACCUGAAAUAUACCUGAAUAGAAUCAUUGUGAUUGAUAUCUUCAAUUGUAAAUAUUGGGAUUCAUGUAUGGACUGAUUUAUAUAGAUACAUGAAUUUAACAUUACAGCUUCUGUAUCACAUUACUUGUAUUGAGUUCCGUUUUUCAUGCGACCGUUGUUUUUGUGGCCUUACGUUGAGAAGUCUUUAUUUUGAUGAUGGUUUGUAUGUUACUUUCACCACAAUUGUGGCGAAAUAUAUCAGUUAACUUCUUUAUUUCCCCCCCUCUUUAUACUCAGUCAAUUCGGUGCAAGAUAGAAAGUAUUAUUACUGUAACAAUGUAAUUACUUAACAUUCCAACUAAGGGUUUGUUUUAUUAAUGUAAACCGACAAAAUUCAGAUAGAUGGUUGAAUUCUACUUAGAAGUACAUGCUGUUAGUAUUGGUGAGGAUGUGUCCAGUAAUGCCAGUUUACAUGUUAACUGCUCUGGUAAAUCAAUAAAAAGACCUGCAUUCAUGUUA